AUGCCUAGGAUAACGCUACUUCGACUACUGCUCCUGAUCCCUCUGAGUUGGCUUCUGCUUUUCAUUGUCUUCAUAUCUCUUCCGUCGCCGAGGCAUUCUUGGGACAAGUACCCCAGUCACCGGUGGCGUGGUGGUACACUGACCCGCGUGUAUGACAUCGACGAUUGGUGGCAAGUGAACGAACGCAACAGCAACGUACGAUAUGUGCGAGGCACUGGUGCCAACUCAUUCGCGCUCGACUUGCAUUACGAUGCCGAUGCGGGAUCGCUCGUGCUCGGCUGGGAGGAAGCUGCAGGAAUCCCUGAGGCACGAUUCCAGUUGACGCCGGAGCCGGAGCCGGAGCCGUUCGUCUCUGUGCCUUUUCUCGCUCGCGUCCGGCUCGGGGUUCAGGAUGGGAUCAACAUGCCCUGGUUCGCUAAAGCGGAUGCGACGCUGCUGUCUUUCGAAGUCGAUCAUCGUACAGGGUAUCUCCCUUUGAGGCUGCAGGCCAAGAAGAGCCGAGGUGAAGGGGAGAUCAUGCCCAUGUUCUAUUCGAUAGAGUCCGCGAAUUACACCGAAUGGGAAGCCCCUGACUGGAAUACCCCCUUGCUUCGAUUGCUUGUGAUGUACGAUCAGUCCAGCGCUCGACCAAAUCCCGCCGCCGGUGUACACAUCGAGUUCCCCACUGAGGAUUCCAGCUGGUCACCAUCACUGACCUUCCCGCUCCGUCGUGCCAUCGGCAAAGUCCUCAUCCCUACAGGCAAAUUCGCAGCCGAAGUCAUGGCCAUCCUUGCCACAGCCACACGCGUCCUUUACGUCCUCGUCGUGGCCACCUUCAAGGCAUUCAUCUUCACGCUCGGACUGUACGUCGUGCUGGUCCUCGCGUGCUGGAAGUCGAAGGGUUCCCCGCCGUUCUGGCCUUGGGCUAGGUCGUUUUGGUUGACAAGACGCGUUGUCCGAUACGUCGGUCCUGCUGCGGCGAGUUGUCCGCUAGGGGAUGCAAUAUCCGGGGCCGACCACGACCACGACCACGACCACGACCACGGCAGCCACGACACCGUCAAUCCUGACGACGCGCCCCGAACGCCCCAGCCGCUAACAAGCAUAUGGGGAUUCUUCACGAGCAAGUCGCCUCUCGACGACCUCCUAGUCACGUUCCAGGCAACGAAACCAUUCGUGGAGCCAUUGAGUCUACGCUGGAGAAGGCGGCCGGCUCCGAUUGAUGACGAGGAGAAGAAGACUCCUGCUGCGUCGUCUGGAGUGGCAGAGGAUUCAAACGGCGAUACCACCCGCUCUCGAAACACCAGCUUUCACGAGACGAAGAAUGGAGAGAAAGAAAUGAGUGAGGAGAAAGUUCCAGUAUAG